GGCCGGAGCAGCAGAGGCCCGGACCCCCGGGGUCCUGCCCCCCAGGCAGGGAGGGGAGUGUGCCCGAGCGGUCAGAGCUAAGGGGCUGGGCGUGAGGACACCUGGGCUCUGUCCCCAGCCUUUGGCUCCAUCCAGCUCGGAGGGCCAGGCGGCCACGGCGGCCAGGAGGUCUGGUUAUGGUGGCGCCCGCGCUCGGAGACCCCCAGAGCUGGUGACCAUGUCCGGAGCCGCCCACCGGGCCUGCUUGCUGCUCCUCUUCCUCUUGCUGUCCCUGCCCGGGACCCUGGCACUGCCCAGCAUGCCCUGCUACCUGCAGCGGGGCUGGCAGCGGUUGCUGGAGGAAGGGGAGGGCUGCAUGGCCUGCCGCCCCGAGGACUGCCCGGCACCGCGUGGCUGCCUGGCCGGGCUGGUCCGGGACGCCUGCGACUGCUGUUGGGAGUGUGCCAACCUGGAGGGGCAGAUCUGCGACCUGGACAACACCAACCACUUCUACGGGCGCUGCGGGGACCACCUGGAGUGCCGGCUGGACGCCGGGGACCUGCGGCGCGGAGAGGUGCCCGGACCCCAGUGCACCUGCCUCUCCGCCCAGGCCCUGUGCGGCUCCGACGGCAAGACCUACGCCCAGAUCUGCCGGUUCCAGGAGGCGGCGCGGGCCCAGCCCCAGGCCAACCUCUCCGUGGCCCACGAGGGGCCCUGCGAAGCAGAGCCCCAGAUCCUGUCCCCUCCCUACGACAUCUGGAACGUCACCGGGCAGGACGUCAUCUUCGGCUGCGAGGUCUUCGCCUACCCCAUAGCGUCCAUCGAGUGGAGGAAAGACGGUGCGGAGAUGCUGCUCCCGGGAGAUGACCCCCACAUCUCCGUCCAGUUUCGGGGCGGCCCCCAGAAGUACGAGGUGACCGCGUGGCUCCAGAUCCAAGCCGUGCGGGUGACGGACGAGGGCACCUACCGCUGCUUCGCCCGCAACAAGGUUGGGCAGGCGAUGGCGCUCGCCAGCCUGACGGUGCUCACGCCGGAUCAGCUGAAUAUGACGGGGCUGCUCCUGCCAAACCCCCGCCCGGGGCCGGAGGAUUACGUGGACAGCGAGGAGCUGGAGGACUAUUACUAGCGGCUCCCGGGGGGUGCUGGGCUUGCCUCCUCCUCACUGCCCAGGCUGCCUGCACCGGAGCAUUUCCCUGGACCUCGGUGGGGAAGUAUGGGGGGAUCUCACCAGCUGACCCCCCGGCUCAAAACUCCUUCUCUGCAUGGUCCUUCUGGGGGGUCAUUUUUCGACGCACCCCUUUGCUGGGUGAAGGGGGCGACAGGAGGGCGGGGGGAAUGCUAUUGAUUUGGGGGCUUGGGUGGAGCUGGUGCCCAGGCAUCAGGGACACCCCGGGCAGGGUCUCAGCUGUGCAAGGCACAUCCACAGGGAGUCCGGAGAGGCCAAGCCAUUGCUUCCCCAUCCCGCUCCCAAAUCGGGUAUGGAGAGACCAGGCCCAGCGGUGCUUUUUGGCCACCCCCAAGAACAAAUGACUUGGGAGAAGCAUGAAACCACAUCCCCAAGACGAAGAGCCUCCGUCAGCCAGCACAACUGGAAGUGAGCAUAGGGGAGGCUCGCUACCACGGAAGUGCUGUGCGAAGGACCUGCUGGAAACCUGCCCGGGAGGGCUGAUCAGAUGGGAGCGGCAUGCAGGAUCUGGCAAAGCAGAGGAACCUGGUGGUUCUCAACCUUGUUGAGACUCCAGGCAUCCCUUGGUAGACUCCAGGCCCACUCAGAUAAGGCCAGCUCUUUGCUUUCUUGGCUGCGGAAAAACACUAGAGCCUUUCUUCUGUUGCAAAGACCUCCGACAUGACACAGAGGGCAGGAGGGAUGUGACUCUCUGGAUUCCUGUCUGCAACCUCUGGGCUGACCUGGUGAAUCCGGUGGAGGGGUUUGCACACCUCGCAGCGACUGAUGACCCUGAGCGACACGCUUCCACGGCCCUCACGGCAUCCCCGGUUGAGAAUCCCUCCGCUAACCAGCAAGGACUGACAUGCCCCGGGCCAAGCAGCUUCUGCGUUUCCAGCUGAGCUGGGCUGGGAGGUUAUUUUUAAUGCUGAAAACACGCAUUUGUCUAAACCCCAACGCUUCUCGUGGUUUCCGCGCGGCUUCAACUCCGGAGCAUUUGGGGAAAAACCGUCUCAGUUGUCAAGCGCUUGGCUGAAGUCACCUCCACGUGGACAGCGCCUGCUGCCCAGCUACAGAGGGGCUGGCAUUUCCCAAUUAAGCUAAUUAUACUUUCAGAAAGGUCGCGCUGGCAGCAGAGCCCUUGGCUGGACCCACCCUGAGUGUUUUUGAUUAUUUUUAGACUGCAAAGAAAUGUUGCUUUUCUGGCCCGAUUUGGGAUUUUUCGAAUCCUUGAGCUUUUUCAUGGGAUGGGAGAAACAUUUCCUCCCUCCUGGCCCUGGUGUCCAGCUCUGCUCCCCCAGCUACUGCACCACUGCGAUCCCAAUCCCGGAGACCCCGGGGGCUGAGUUUUAACAGGGUGCUGGCGGUGUAAGAUCCCCUUCUCCUGGUCUGCCACCACAUUGUACAGAAGCACCACGAUGUGAGCCUCCCCAGGGUAUUAAAGGAUUUUUCCAC